UUCUCUCUGGAUUGCAUAAUCCUCCAUGGCUGGGAGCUCUGUAACUUUGCCGAUACAAGAAACGGAUGUUACAGUUCUUAAAGAAACGCUUCGCUCUCAACAGCAACUUCUUCAGAAGCUAUAUUCCGAGCUCGAGUUCGAAAGAGAAUCCUCUGCCACCGCCACGAAUGAAUCUCUUUCAAUGAUACUGCGGCUGCAAAGCGAGAAGGCGGCGGUGAAGAUGGAAGCAAGUCAAUACAAGAGAUUGGCUGAAGAAAAGAUUGGUCAUGCCGAGGAAGCUCUUGCAAUUCUUGAAGAACUUAUAUAUCAGAAAGAAAUGGAGAUCUCUUCCCUUGAGUUCCAAGUUCAGGCUUAUAGGUAUAAGCUUCUAAGCUUGGGGUGUCAUGAUGAUUUGAAUGAUUUUGAAAAGCAGUUUACACCGAACCGGUUUACGGAAAGAAAUGAUGCAUUCGAUGGGGAAAAGGGUAUUAAAUCUACUGUUAGAAGACUCAGUUCUUUGCCCGCAAGUUUACCAAUAGAUUUCUAUUCAAAGAAGAGUACUAAUGAUGGAGAAAACAAUCUGGCACCGGUGCAGGAGAGCAAAGAUGCUGGAAAUUCCGACACGGUAGUUCGUGAUCAAGGCUUGAGUUCAAGGAGAAGUUCGUUAAAUUCAGGAGCUGGUGAAUUCAUUUCUUACUUGGAACAAAUCAGAUUGUUGGAUGAAAAGGUGAAACAGAUUGCAGACUGUAAAGAAGUUGAUCUAAAGAAAAUUUCAAAUGGUAAGGUUGAAUCAGUGUCCCUAAAGUCUAGCUUAUUGAAUGAAUGUCAUGAGAUAAGAUCUCAUGAAGAUUCAACAGAAUUGCGCAUUUCAAGUUCUGCUCUUUCCUCUAGUGUUGUUCAUGAUAUAUUUGAAGUUCCAGUUAUACAUGAAAUUCCUGAAACCAGUGCAAAAAGCAAAAGUUGCUUUGAUGGGGAAAAAUGUAACGGUAAGUCGGUUUUGGGAAGCGAUGAUCGGCUUAGAAAGCCGGAUUUGAUACUGGAAGAUAACUUGGGAUUACCUGCUAAAGAUGAAGUUGACUGGAUAAAGAUGAAUAACUUUCUGAGUGCAAAGCCUGAGGGAAAAUUAUGUAGUGGUAAUGACUUGCCUGCUGAAUAUAGAACUGAAUGCGUAAAGGUAAAUAAGUUACUUACUACAGAUGCUGACUGCAAGUCGACUCUUCGUCACUUAGCGGCUGGCGUUACCGACUAUCAAUCUGAGUUGAAACAACUUAGCCGGAGAAUUGAGAAGCUUGAGAGUGGAAGAAACAAUACAAGGCAUGAAAUUGUAGAAGGAAGGGAGGAAGAACUUAAUUUACUGAAGGAUCUAAGAGAACAACUGAAUUCAAUACAAGCUGAGAUGCGAAGUCGGAAACCGAAGAAACCACCCUCUCCUUCGGAUGAGGUGUCUCUGGUUCCUCUCACAGAGGCAAUGAUGUACUUUUGGUUGUAAUUAAUCAUUUGAUGUUGGAAUCAAACUCAAACAAGCUCCAGUGACAUCAAUGUAUGAUGGGCUGAAAU